AACAACCCUAAAAAAUCCAUUUUCUUUCGAACUCUAAUGGCUGCUUCGUUUCCAUCAAAGCCAAGUUGGGAUCAUGAUGUAUUCUUGAGUUUCAGAGGUGAAGACGUCCGCAAAACAUUUCUGGGACAUCUCUAUUCUGCUUUAAACCGGGUGGGAUUCAGGACAUAUAAAGACGACAAUGAGCUCGAAAGAGGAAGCGACAUAGCCCCCAGCCUGCUAGAAGCCAUCGAGCAUUCCAGAAUUGCAAUUGUCGUGUUCUCCGAAAACUAUGCUGAUUCUAGAUGGUGCCUGGACGAGCUGGUCAAAAUCCUCGAUUGCAGGGACAAGUUAGGGCAGAUGGUUCUACCCGUUUUCUUUCAUGUGGAUCCCUCAGACGUCCGCAACCAGAGGGGGAUCUUUGGCAAAGCCUUUGCGUGUCACCAGAAGGUUACCACGGACAAAGUAGAGAGGUGGAAGACUGCCCUUACCAAUGCUGCGAACCUUGCCGGCUUUGAUAUUCAAAGUGUCAAUGGGGAUGAAUCCGAGUUGAUCAAGAAAAUUAUUGAAGAUGUUUGGGAAAAAGUGGAUCACACAUACCUUAGUGAUGUGGACGGCCUUUUUGGAAUUGACUCUCCAGUAGAGAAAAUAAUAUCACUCUUGAGACUUGACUCCACAGAUGUUCAGUUCAUAGGAAUCUAUGGAAUGCCUGGAAUAGGGAAAACAACAGUUGCAGAGGUAAUUAGGAAUAGAAUCUCUAAGGAAUUUGAUGAUGGUUGUGGAUUCCAUACAAAAAUCAAUCUACGUAGUCUUAUCCAAAAGUGCCUCUUAACAAUAAGAGGAAAGAAGCUGGGAAUGCAUGAUCUGCUUCAAGAGAUGGCAAGAGAAAUUGUUCGUGAAGAGAAUCGUGGUGAACCUGGUGAGCGCAGUAGACUGUCCUUUUAUAAAGAUGUUCGUAAGGUUUUGAAACACCAUAAGGGUACAAACAGAGUCAUAGGUCUUAAGGGGUUCUUCCCAGAAACAAGGGAGAAACCAUUUAGUAUUGAAGCACUUGCACGGAUGAGCAAUAUAAGAAUGCUCCAACUUAGAAAUGCUGACUUUGUUGGAAGCUUUGAAUAUUUUUCUAAAGAGUUAAGAUGGUUGUGUUGGGAAAGAUAUCCUCAGGUAUCCAUACCAUCAAGUUUAAAUCUCAAAAACUUGGUUGUUCUGAGUUUAAGGAACAGCAAACUCAAAUAUAUUUGGGAUGUAUCAAAGGUUCUUAAAAAUCUUAAAGUCCUUGAUCUCAGUCACUCGCAUGACUUAAUUGGAACCUCAGACAUCUCAGGUCUUUUAAACAUUGAGAAAUUGAUCUUCAAAGGCUGCAUUAAUUUGAUCGAGGUUCAUCAGUCCAUUGGCAAUCUUAGCAAACUCAUUUACCUGGACUUGGUAAACUGCCAGAACCUUGUUCAUCUUCCUACAGAGAUUUGUAAGUUAAGGUUCCUUGAGAAUCUUAACUUGUAUCUCUGCUCAAAACUAGAGGAGUUACCAGAGGAUUUUGGGAACAUGGAAAGUUUGAAAGAGCUUAAUAUAGGCUGCACUGCCAUCAAGCAUUUGCCCAUGUCCAUUGGCCAUCUCAAGAAUCUUACAAAUUUCUUUUGGAGCAAUGGGGGAUCUUUGCUUGGAAGUCCAGGUAUCUACAAUUUGUCUCCUCUAUGGAGUCUGACUUCUGUAAAAGAAUUGAAUCUGUCGUUCUGCAAACUAUCAGAGAAUUCAUUUCCCAGAGAUCUCAGUGGCUUACAAAAUUUGGAGACCUUGCUUCUAAAAGGAAACGCUUUUCAACACUUACCAAUUUUUCUAUCAAAUUUGCCAAAGUUAAAAGAGCUUGAUGUUUCUGAAUGUGAUCUAUCAGAUACAUCAGGUCCCUUGGUUGUUGGAAGCCCCUUUUUGUGGGAAUUGAAUUUAUGCAAAAACAACUUCUGCAGCCUACCAGUUGAUCUUACUUCCCUUCCUCUUAACACCAGGGUUUCCCUACUGCUGUGCAAUAAGCUCAAAGUAAUAGAAUUUGAACCAUGCAAGAUAUCCAUCUCAUACCAUUGCAAAUCUUUGGAGAAAGUAACAUUCAAACGAGGGCUCAGUGACAGUAGUGCUAGACCAAUCUUUUGUUCACAUAUGCACUGCUACGAUGUGGAACCUUUAACUGGCAAGCAACUUGCUAAGUUAGAGCACUUGUUGGGAUUGAAGGCUUCGCUAAAGAAGUGCUCGCAUUUUUUCAGAGACUUCAUACAUACUUGGAGUAAGGAUCGUCCCAUUCAGGGUUUUCCUGAUUAUAUGGAGCCGAUUUAUAACAUCUUUCUUCCCGAAGGAACGAUGCCCUGUGGGUUUAAUCAUGAGGAUAAUGUUGCUUGUACAAUUGUAGAUGUGCCUCGAGUUCGAGUUUCAAGUCGAAGUUUCCAAGGGCUUGCAGUAUGUGUUAUUUGUCAUAUUAUAGAUCCUGAUCAUUCAACUUUAGCUAUAACAAUAGAGGAUGAGGAUUUUUCUCGUCACUACCAUACCCGCCUUUCCCCGCCCUUUGAGGACCAUAAAGGUGGAGUCAUGUGGGUCAGCUGUUGGAGAACACCAAGUUUGGUGAAUGAAUGCAAGAGAUUCAAUAUUAAAGUAAAGACUGACGUUACUGACGGAUCUAACGGAUCCCAUUUCUGGAUUGUGAAAAGGAUCGGUUUUCGCCUCUUAUCUGAAGAGGAGCUAGACCGGGCCACAGAUAUCUGGGGAGAAUCCAUCCGGGCUUGUGAUUUGGGGUCAGAUCCUCCGUAUAUCUGAGAAGGAGCCAACGCCACCUAAUCUCAAAUGAACCCUACGCAACGCAGACUAUUAACAACCACAAUGAUCGGAAACGGUAGCGCUGGAUUCAGAUUGAGAUGGAUAUGGACCCAAGGGCCGCGCUCCCAACGGCGUUGCCUCAGAAUUCCGGCCAGAUGUUCCACUGACGUUACCGCUCAAUACGCCAUGCUCUGUCUCACUCCGCUUGCUUCCAAAUCUGAUGUUAAACGAGCGUCUCGCAUUGAAGUAUCAUCCAGAUGGGUUCAAAGGGGACGUUUUUCUGAAAAGGAUAAAGCUUUUAGGGAGAUUAAAUCUGCAGAUG